UACAAGGAAUAGUAUCUGGACAUUAUGUUUUGUUAAGUACGGCAGAAGAGAGAGAACCAAAAAAUUUUAUAUAAUGGGAUUGCCUUGGUUAUCAAAUGACACUGAUGAUAGUGGCGUUGAUGAUGAUGACAAUACCACCGAAUUAGAAGAGAAAAUGACAAUUGCAUGGCGUUAUAAAGGAUUAAAAUAA